AUGCUGUUAUUAGCAGAGCCGAAGUCCCAACCACUAGCAAACGGAAGGCCGACCUCAGCCCCACGAUCAGAUGACCAUCGACCGCUGAACCUUGGCACCGAUUAUGUACUUGUUCUCUUCGCUAGAUUCCCCGUGGACCACUGGCGAACACGAGGAGCCUUGCGGCCUUAUAGCGUCAAAUGCUAUCAAAGGAGAGGCUACCGGCUGCCGUGGUACAAACGGCAGAACCCACAGCCCGCUAUUUGGUAUUGGGAGUAA